CGUAAGAAAAAUCCCCAUCUUUCCUCCUCCAUAAAUACCAGAGCUAUGCUGCCGGGACGUAUUACCUGCUUCUCAUCGUCGGCGAUUCUCGUGUUGUUCUUCUCGUCAUCGUGUUUCAUCCAAAUGGCAGCUGCUGCGUCCACCACUCCGGCCGUUGAAUCUGCCGAUUCAUCUAAAGCGGCGGUUCACAUCGUGUACACUGAGAGGCCUCAGGAUGAGGAACCUGAGCGUUACCACCUCCGAACUCUCUCCGCCGUACUUGGCAGUGAUGAGGCUGCGAAAGAGGCGCUUUUGUACAGUUACAACACGGCUGCUAGUGGAUUCUCUGCGAAACUUACUCCGCAGCAGGUUGAAGAAAUUUCAAAACAACCAGGAGUUCUUCAGGUUGUCCCAAGCCAGACAUAUCAGCUUCAUUCCGGGCCAAGAAGGCAUCAUUUUGGACCAGGAAAUCUGCACUAGAGCCCAUGAAACUUUCUAUUAUCGUAAUGAGAAAAAAUAAAUAUCUAUCAUAAAGUUGUGUAUAAAGCAGUUUGAUCUCGUCUCUGUAAACACUGCUGGUGUGUUGAAAUAAGCUUGAAAUCUGUCUUUACAUAUAGACUUUUUGUAUGUUCAUGAUUGACUUCACAACGUUUGAGAUAGUCAUAGAGAAACAUUUGCAUGAUUAGGCAUAUGAAUUUACUGGCCAAGCGGGAACUGCACCCUGCUC